UUUGCUCAUUUAGGAAAGGUUUCCAGGUUUUUCCUUUUCCUCUUUCGUUUUUUCUCAAUAAGAAUCGUUAAGGGUCCAUUCACGUUGAAUCUCUAUGAGACACGAAGACUGAGGAGGACACGAGAACGCAAGAAAACGUGAUCUCAAUUUUCUUCCUUUCAGUGAGGCACGUGCUCACCAAAAGUUUUCUGCGUUUUCGUCGUUUGUUGAAUCUUUUAAGUGGACCAGUGUAUGUAUCCGCCGAGUCAUAUACAUAUAUGUACGAGGUAUAAAUGAGGGGACGACAGGGGGUUAGUUGCAGUGCCGGAGAAGAAUCUCCAAAGCCAACACACCAGAAGUCAAAACUUUUCAUUGGGGAUAGGGAAUAGCUAUAGUUGUUCAGCCAAGUACCGUUUACCUUUCAGCUACUUUUUACCAUUUUCAUUCUUAUUUUCAUUUCUCCUCUGUUUGUCCUAUCAAAGUCGUGUGUGAGUCUUAGUGAUUUCGGGACUGCACAUGCACCUGGGCUUUUAACUCUGUUCAAACAUGCAAUACCAGCGUCAAGAUACAGCCAAAGCGUUUCAUUUAUUUCUCCAAAGUGCAUCAACUUUUACUAUCCACAUUUGAAAACUUUAAUUUAUAAUUUACAUAUAAAUACAUGUCAAUUGUUUUUCUUUUAUCAAUAUAAAGGACUCUGUGGUAGCUGAGUAGCAUUAGUCUUCAAGUUUAAAGGACAAUAAUAAUCAACAAAUAUCUCAUGUAAUGGGAAACGUGCAAAUAAACGUGCGGGAGAGGAUCAAAAGUGGUGUGUAAACUAAAGACUUUGUGUUUCGUAAGCGAACGGAAAGUCUCAAGUGACCGCGAGGAACCAUUGAAAUUCAUAGGUGCUCUCAAGAGCAGAUACUGCCUUGUCAGUGUGAAAAAGACUAAUAAUAACAAUAAUAAUAGUUAUAAUAAUAAUAAUAAUAAUAAAAUCUAGUAGAAGAGCGAUAAAAUCGUAUUAAGAAGGAGAAAUGAGGUAUCAUCCGGCGGCAGUGACAAUUCUCAUCAUAUUUUUUGGAAGUGUACGAGCACAAGGACCCGCAGUCCAGGUGAGAGCAGUUGUGGAUGGUGUAGCAGAGCUACCAUGUGACAUACGGCCCCCUCAGCCAAACGACUCAGCAGUUUUAGUUGUGUGGUACAAAGCAUCAGAACGUCGACCCGACAUAACACCAAUUUAUAGCUACGAUAUGAGGAGUAAACACACGGACAAAGCAGCGCACUGGAAAGACGAAGAGUAUCUGAAUGAGAGGGGGCAUUUUAAGACAGCAACUGAGCCGGCUAUUCUCAAUAUAAGAAGAGUCGAGCAGAGAGAUGAAGGAGAAUACCUGUGUAGGGUAGAUUUUGUAAGGAGUCCAACGAGAAAUUCCAAAAUUUAUCUUACUGUUAUUGUGCCACCCCAUAAACCAAAUAUUAUAGAUGAACAUGGGAAAACAGUUUCGACUGUUGCGGGGCCCUACGAAGAGGGGGGAAGCAUGCGGCUGACUUGUCUGGUCUCUGGAGGCCGCCCGGCACCAACAGUUAGAUGGUGGCGAGGUGAAACACUUCUAGAGUCUAAGGAUGAGCCUGGCGAAUUUCCAGCUCUACGUAGAAACACUUUGAUUGUUACGGAGCUGACAAGGGCGGAUUUGCAUGCCGCUUUCACUUGUCAGGCUUCGAAUAAUAACAUCAGCCAACCAGUUUCAGCCUCAGUUAUCAUCGAGAUGCACUUGCGGCCUCUUACCGUGGAAAUUCUCAGUAGUGAACAUGCACCAUUGAGUGCAGACAGAAAAUACGAUAUCAACUGUAGGACAAUGGGAUCAAGGCCAUCAGCUAAAUUGUCAUGGUUCAUGGAGGGGAAAAUGCUCAAAAACUCCACACAAAGGUUUUCCGAAGAUGGUAAUAUGACAAUGUCAACCUUGACAUUCACACCGACACGAGAAGACCACGACAAGGUAAUCACGUGUCGUGCCGAGAAUUCUAAUGUCGACGGGGGAUUUGAGGAGGACACGUGGAAGCUGAAUAUUUUUUUUGUGCCAAUAUUAAAGCUCGAACUAGGUUCCAAGAUGAACCCCGACGAUAUUGAGGAAGGUGACGAUGUCUAUUUUGAAUGCAAAGUUCGAGCCAAUCCUGAAGCGUAUAAAGUUGUCUGGAAACACAACGGCAUGGUGAUUCAUAAUAAUGCAAAGAAAGGUGUGAUAGUUCAGCAGUAUAGUCUUGCUUUACGCCAGGUCGAUCGCUUUCAAGCGGGUAAUUACAUGUGUGUUGCCUCGAAUGUCGAGGGAGAUGGAUACAGCGGGACAGUCGAGCUUAAAAUUAUGUACAAACCAAUCUGUGUGCCCGAUCAAAAACGUAUAUACGGAGUUGCUAGGCUGGAGGAGGCCAAAGUAGUUUGUCGCGUUGAGGCUUAUCCACCACCGAGCAACUUUCGAUGGGCAUUCAAUAAUACCGAAGAAAUGGCUGAUGUACCACAAGCGAGAUACAAAAAUUCCACUCGCCAUACGCAAAGUGUUCUCACGUACAGGCCCGUUACGGAAAUGGACUAUGGCACUGUACUCUGUUGGGCAAGCAAUACAGCUGGACAACAGGCGAAUGCGUGUAUAUUUCACAUCAUACCAGCAGGAAAGCCUGAAGCGCCUUAUAACUGCACUCUAACGAAUCAAACCACAGAGUCAUUAUCAAUCGAGUGUUCGGCUGGAUUUGAUGGGGGCCAGCCGCAAAAUUUUUUGCUCGAAGUGUACGAUCAAUACACAGGAAUUCUUCAGGCAAAUGUCACAUCUCGUGAUAACGCUGCGUUUACAGUGCAAGAUUUAGAGCCGGGAAAAGUACUGACAAUGAAAAUGUACGCAUUCAAUUCCAAGGGACGAAGUGAAUCCACAAAACUUGAAGGUUUUACGCUCAAAGUUGCGGAGAAACAGACUGGUAAGCCUCGUAGUCCUGUACCAUUCGAAAUAACACCACUUCUUGGAGUACUAAUUGGUAUUGUGGCGGCCCUACUCCUUAUAACUAUUAUAAUACUGGGGGCAUUGAAAAUCAGAAGUGAUCGACGUGCGCACAGACCCGGAGAUCUACCACUGAAAAAAGCUACAGCUCCGAGCUCAGAGGAUCUCUACGACGCUGACGAUAGAAAUCCUGAUGUUGUCCCUACGAAUAAAGAUUCAGAUUAUCAGUUGACGGGCUCAACAGCAGGUACGCCUCUGGCUGUUCAAGUAACACCCGACCAAGUUUCAACAACAUCGCUGCCUAAUCAACAGACAAAUCAUUUGCAAGGGCUCUCUGCUUAUGCACACAAUGAAUACAGCAAUUACCCAACAUUACCUUUGACAGGAGAAGUGACCUAUGCUGAGCUAUGUUUGGCGCGUCCGACAACUCUCUCAACAACAGCAGAUACAAAAUUGGCCUGCCUCAGUGGAGUGGGUGGACUAGGUGGCUUUAACAAUGCCAAUAAUAAUGGCGGUGGUGGUGGUGGUGGUGGUGGUGGUAGUGGUGGUGUUUUAGUUGGUGGAAAGCCAUAUAUCAAAGAAGCGACAGUUUAUGCGUGCAUAGAUCACAAUGCACGGGCCCCAAAAAUAGAUCAAAUAUGCCAAUCAACGAAAGCAAGUACUGUUGGUCUUCUGCAAGAUACCGGCAUUAUAUCAACAAAACAACAUCAUCCGAGGGAAGUUGUUACCGUUCGUACACCGCUGAUAUCGACACAAGAAAGUUGUGUAUAGGAGAGGGAUGCCGACGCGCUCGACAUUAAUGAGUAUUACGUGUAAUCGUAGCUGCGUCGAUCAUAGGAACAAAAUUCAUUUCAUCUCCAUGAGCCUUCAGUGGGAUUGAGAGUGAUUUUGUGGCUCAAUCAUAAACCAAAAUCAUCCCAACCUCAUUUUUCAUGGUUUUUUUUUUAUUGUAUUUAAUUUUCUAUUUGUAAAUAAUAAAUGAGGAAUACCAGCGAGCUGUCUAGCUCACAGCUCCCAUUGACAAUUCUUCCAUGCACAAAGACAUUUCAGAAAUUCUCUGUAAUGUGAAAUUCACUGUCUAGAUUUCGAUGAAAAUUUUAAGGAAGUAAAUAAUGAUGAGAUAUCUCAAUGUAAAAAAUACAUUCUCAAAUAUAUGUGGUGAAUGAUAUUAUCCUUGAAAGCACAUUCGUCUUACGAUGUGAUCUUUUUCAGUUGUAAAUAAUAAAGACUGGUUAAGAUAUAGGAUUAUAUGAAAUAAAAAUGUGUCAGUUUUUUGAGAAAAAAAAAGUUAAUGGUAAAAUGAAAAACAAUAAAAUAAUAAAAACUGGGCAUUUUACAUUUUAAUCGUUUGCGACAGGUUCGUGAGAUAUUUGUAUAUGUUUUGUAAAUAAUAAUGAACAUAGAAGGAUUCAAUGGUAAAAAUAUUGAAAUUAUAUGUAAACAAAAAAUGUGAAAACAAAAAUCUACUCUUCACGAGCAAGUAAAUCGCAACGGGUAAAUAAUGACAGACAAGCCUAGGAUAACGAAAAAUUAAGAGAAAACAAAUUAAAAGUGCUCAUACUCGUUCUUUCCCAUGAAUCAGAGAACUAUGUAAUCGUCCUUCGCCCCCAAACCCUUCUUCAUGAUUGUAAGAGAAAAAUAACUCCUGUGUACAUUGACAUUAUUUUUUCAAAAAAUGGAAUAAAAAACAGAAAAUGAUAUGUAGAUUUUGACAAUUGAUAAUUUAGAUUGAUAAUUCAACAAUAGUUUAUACAAAUUGAAUGGAAAUAUUAUUAAGAGGACUACGACUAUCGAGUGGAAUAAAUGAAUAACUUUUUUUCCCAGUAUUCACCAAAAAUUUUCCAGUUUUCUACAUUUUAUGUCAUUACUAUUUUUUUUCGCAUCAAUUCGCACUUGAUUUUUUUUUCAUAAUUGCUUCCCCUCCGCUCUCAGUAGUUACGAUUUAUUCCAUUGAGAUGAAAGCGAAAUUAGAAAAAAAAAUUGCGGCAAAAAGAGAGAUGAAAAGGAGAAUUGAACAUCUGAAAAUAGGACAAAAAACUUUUUCUUGAUGGGCGAGGGGUUAUUACAUUUUAUUUUCCACAGAGUGAUGAUGCCACGUAUGGCAACAAUGCAGACGCAUGCGUAACCUUUCACCACUUUCACAUUACCCCCCUCCUCUUGGCACUCUUUCACCCCUUUUUAUUCCUGCGUGAUGCGCUAUCUCCCCUAAAACCGUUUCCUCAAUUUUCGUGAAUAUUUGAGGCACGCGUAUUCGUUAACGAUUACGGAUUUUGCUCUCUCCCCACUAUUCUGCUGGCCACAUGUGAUAUAUAACGCCUCCACAGUGUUCAUCGAAUAUUGCAAACGCGUAUUGACCCAAUCUCUGCGUCAAUCGGUGGCAUGCACAACCCGCCCGUCGAUGCCUUCCGCAUCGCACAAAUCUCGAACAUAACUGAGGCUUCUUUCCCUCUCGCAACCCAUCAAAAUCCCUCAAAAAUCAUGGUGGACAAUGAAAUGAAAGGUUUUUGUGUCUAGAAGAGCACUAACAUUCAUUGUCUGUUAACUUUUGAAAUAGAAUUUUCCCCCAGUAGGUGAAAGAGAAAAACUUUCUCAGAAUUGUCGGGGAUCCGUACAGCAGACCGUGCCAAUUGAGCAAAAUUUCUCUUCCUCCUCCUCCUCCUCUGUUUGCCGUAUACAUUUUCCAGCUUUUUACUACUGAAAAUCAAUUAUGAUUGUUGUAACAUGUGUGUAUAUACCAAUACCAUGACCAUAAUUAUAUAUAUAUACAUAUAUUGAGGAUAAAAAAAAUGAUCAUUGUAUAUACAAUACGAGUGUGUAUAUAUUGGAUCGGAAGUGUGAGGAUGUGAAUGAGAAUGUAAUUCGAAUAAAAAUGUUAAUAUGA